AUGGAAGAGGAUAUAUCCCUCUAUGUUCAAGAAUAUAACACCUUUCCUUUCCGUCUUACUGAAGCAGCACAAAAAGUGUUAAAUUCAAGAAGGCUGACCCUCGCCACUUUCUUUCAGAACUUUAAAAGUAAGAAAAACAAAAAUGCGAAGUAUAAAAAAGAAUUUCAAGACACGGUUCUGAAUGCCGAUAUUCGCUUUACGUUGAACUUUAACACACUUGAGAAAGUCCCAUUAAGUGAUGAAAACAAAGAAAAGUACAAAGAAGUCACCUGGAGCAAAAUCAUAGAGGUCGCUAUUCAAAGGGAAAAAGGGUUCACGACAUCCGAUGUGAUCUCUGCGUUAAACGCAAUUGUUCCGUCAUAUGCACUGACAACACAUAUGUUACUUAAGAACGUUUUAACACUUGAAACUCACGAUUACGGCUCGUUGGAGUAUCAGUUGGACUCACAGAAUAUAUUGUUAGAUGGGGUGUUGCUUAUAAUGAGUUGCAUCACCACCAGUUUGUAUGACGAGCUCAAAACAAAGAAACAAGUCUUUGAACUCCUCACGAACAUAUUUGGGAAUCACUGCUUGCUGGACGUUGUAUUGCAACAUGAGACUGAAAUGGACAACAUUACUGAAGAACUCUUCUUGAAAAUUAUUAACGAGAACAUUGACGAGUACUCGAACGACACAUGCACUGCAUUUGUACGGAUGCUCUUUGUUGCUAUUAUUGGACUGAAAAGCGCUCCGUUUAUGCAUGGACACAUUCAGCAAGUGUAUGACAGAGUCAAGAUAUAUUUGAUGUUCUUUAUUUCGGGUUCUGACGCUAUGGAUGUGGCACUGACGUUAAAUAUCGUCAACUACUUGAAUGUGUAUUACAGCUAUAUGAAUCCACAAGCAGCAAUUUCUAUUGUCAAUGACUUGAAUGAAGAGGUGAUCAACUUACCAAAUCUUUUGAAGGAUAACCCUAUUGUGGUCAUCUCAUUCUUUUCAAUAGCCAUUAGUUAUACCUUCGCUAAUAAGGAAGGGCUUGCCCAGAUAUUAGAAAGUGUAUUAAAUAGUGUUAUAUUACCCCAAAUAGGUGAUACACGUUACGACAUCGCCUUGUUAGUGGAAGACACUAAAAUGAAAGUGUCAAGCGGCGCACAAGCCGGACGAGAACUUUUAAUUUCAGUGGCUCAGUUGUUUGGGAAAAUAGUGACUGUGUCCUGUGAUAAACCUGUAGUGUUUCUUGUCGAGCAAGUGCUCCAAUUGUAUGUCAGACACAACAACACAAAAGCUAUUUUUGGGGAGUCUUUGUUACUUGAAUAUGCGGUCGACCAAUUUCUGAUCGAUGGCACGUUUGAAGGAGAAGAAGUCGCCAUUAUAAAUGAGAUAUUUGUCAGAGCAGAACAUGUUGAAGGCAGUUACAAAUAUUCAAAUGCUCAUUUGAGACUGUUGAAUGUCUCUUCAAUGUAUUUACUGAAAGCAAAUGAGUUACAACCGCUUGGAGAGGAAUAUGGGCAACGUGCUUUAAUGAACCAAGGACAACCUCUUUUGAAUCAAUUGGUAGCAUUCCAUAUGAUCUUUAAUGCAUAUAAUAUCCCAAAGAAUGUUAUUAAUCCGGAUUUGGUGUUGCCAAUGUUGUACGAGUGCUGUCUGACUGAAGAAAAGCAGUUUGUAUGGAUUUCCGAAAACAUCAAGUUGUUUGUAAAGAAUGAAAUGAACGUCAAGUCGCUGAUGAGGAUUUUAUUUGACGUGAAAAUAUCAAAAGAAGACAUCGACGCGAUUUUUUAUGUCAAUAGGAAGGAUGACGAAAUGACCAAACAAUUUUACACACACUUUCUGCUCGAUGUGGUCGACGAGAACAAAACAACAGUGGAGUUUAUUAAGGACCCCAAAAUGGAGUUCAAACUGUCUGAGAAUAUGCAAGUCAAUCUUUUCAAGCCGAUUGUCGACUAUUUCACAACAGAUGAGGAGUGCAAAGAUCUUGAGGAAUGUUCUAAUUUGAUUAUAAAAUACAAAUUCUUUGUCCACUUGAUUCAAAAGGUGAAAAGCCUUAAAACCCCACUCUCUCAAGUCUUCAUAGAGAAGUUGGUAACAUCAUCGAAGUUGAUGGAAUCAUCUGACUUUGAAGAAAUGUGUGACAAUGUGAUGAAUGAGUCUGGUAAUGUAAAGCCAAUUCUCCAAUUUUUGUGCUCACAGAAACCAAAUACAAAUGAGGUAUUGGUUACCAUCUUGGAGACUUUGAAAGCACUUGUUAAAGACACAUCGUUUAACGGAAAACUCCACAACAAAGUAAUUGAGUAUUUGUCCGAUAUAAAAUAUAUGGAAAUGUGCCCAGUACUGAAGAGUGCAGACUCGCGUUUAUCAACACUCAUCAAAACGUACGACUCAAAAGUGAUCUCUUCGUUGUUCUCAAUCUUUAAUGAGCUUAAGAAGAUCGGCAAGUUGCGGUUGCCACUUGAUUUCAUACAACGGAUAUUAUUACAUAUUUCCAGAAACGUUUCACAGAUAUCCCAAUUUGUAGAUUUGAUUCAACCACACGAACUGCUUCUCCCAUAUCUCGAAAAACUAUUUGAAGACAAAUCUUUUCAUCAAAGUGCGUUGACAAUGGAUUUGUUAUUCAAAACAUGUCUUUCUAUUGACAAGCAAGAACUCGGUCUUUUCAUUUACAACAACUUACUGAGUAACUCGUUGCACCUUCCAAAGACGUUUGCAUAUUGCAUGAAGAGUGGUACAACACCACUCAAGAAUUUGGAAAUGAUGUUGGCGUUUCCAGAAGUCCGUUGCAAAAGUCCAGAAGUUGUCGAUCAACAAAUAAUAAAAGAUCUCUCUUUGUUGGUUUUUGAUAAUUCUUCGCUAUUUAAAACCAUCUCAUCGUUUAUGUACUAUAUGGGUUUGUCCAAGAAAAGCGACGAAAACAUUAGAAAUACCCUCCACACCAUUUCUCUUGUACUUGUCAAACAAAAUGACUUGUCAUUGUUCUCGACUGUAGUUGGGUUUCAAAUAGAAGCAACACACUUCACAACGGACUUCUUUUCGAUGUGGUAUUCAAGCGAGAAAAUCUUCUCGAAUUUGCCGUAUUACUUACUCGGCGAAGAAGAAACGUUGUGUACUUUUUUGUGCAAAUACAAACGCGAAUUGAUUCCUUUGAUUCUCUCAAACAAAACCAUUGAGGGAAUGAUUCUGGAAACACUUGGCUACGCGAACAUCAAACAGUUUUGUGGGAAGGAGAUGGGCCUUUUUGUUGAUUGUUAUUUGACACAUGGACAUAUUGACAAAAUCGAUCAGAAGAGUCUUGACACUUACAUACAAACACACUUCUGUGAUUCGUUGAUGUACACAACAGGGAAGCCUUCCUUCAUACAACUUCUUGAGAGAAUUCCCAACACUUUUCAUGUGCUGACUAUAUCCCCUUUCAUAUUCUCUUCAAAGACAACGGAUGUAAACCAACUAGUUGCUCUCUUUGGGAAACUUGUUUCACAAACGACGAAUGAGAAGGAUUUGGCACUGACUUAUUCCCUCUUUUUAUCCAAACUUCUUAAAAUGGAAAGUUUUGUGAAGAACAACGAAUUGGUUUAUAAUGCCGUGACAAUUCUGUGCUCCAAACAAUUAACAACAUAUUCUGAUGUGUAUAAAUUGAUCACUUCUGCAUUGGCAACACACCUCUCGACAAACAGCGACGCGUUUAAAAUUGUUCUUCUUCCUGAGUUACAGAACCAAUUUACAAGUAAUAUUCCCGAGGAAUUGGUCGAUCUUCAAAUGCGGUAUUUCUAUGAUGCUGUGCCAUACCCAAUUUACCUCAGAUCUUUGGAAGACAUAUCCACACACCAAUACAUUUACUCGGUGCUUCUAAUGUCAGAGGAUUUCAAAGCCUUAUGCGCCAACUCUCUCAACAGCAAAAUGUUGUAUUUACUUACUGAUUUAACAUCAACAAAAUCCACCUAUUCCCAGAUACCAAGUUUCAUGUGGAAAGUCGAUACAUCGAAGAAUUUUAAAGAAGUUUUAAUUCAACAACUCUCGGAGCGUGUGUGUUAUUUAGUCGCGACACUCCGUUGUUCUAUUAAUGCAGUCAAAUUCCUCCACUUCUUUAAUUCGAAUGCAAAAAAGACGGUAUUCUCUAAAGUACUCUUCCCAUUGGUUUCUUCACUGGGAAAUGCACAACACGAAAGGGAAAUGAAAGAGAAGACUCGAGAGUGGCCAACCAGUCUCAAAUUUGAGAUUGCAAAGAAAUUUGUCGAGUUCUUUGUGACGCCCAAAACGGAUGGAGAAACUAUGAAUAUCCUCAGCGUGUGUUCAGAAGACGAUUUUUCGUGUGAUGUUGUGAUCAACGUGUCGUGUGCAUUUUACGACCAAAUGUCUUUGAGUGACAAUGAAAUAGAGAAGUACAUUUUGGACGUGAUUUCCGACGACAAGAAGCUUCAAAUUGUUCUUCCCGCUUUUUCAAGAUAUUUCACAACAUUUGGCAGAUACAUCCAAACACGAAAAACAGCAGAUGUUGUUCAGAAUUCAAUCAAAUGGAAGCUCCCAUUCACCGCUCUUAAGAUAUCGGAGAGUUUCGUCGAUGUUAAGAACCCAGACGUAACACCACUCAUCAGCGCAUUUAAAGCAGUGAAAGACUUUAUGUCUGCAAAAGAGCUCGAAGGCAGAACAAUCGACGUGUCUUAUGAGCAUCAGUAUCACCGUCUUUUACAAGCAGAAGCAAAUCAAAGUGGCGUUGACGAAGCCCUGAUACAAAGUGGAUUGUAUUACACUGCACAUUUAACUGAGAGGAUUGGAACUACUACUGAUGUUACUGAUAACGAUUACUCCACUGCUUGGAGAGGCUUUACUGAUUGGGGCGACGUUGUUUAUUAUGAUAAAGAGAGGCUAGAGCAAAACAAGAUGUAUCAUUUAUGGCGUGCUGUAAAAUUCAGUGAUAAAGAGUCACUCAAGACAUUCAGUAAAGAAUCAUUUGAGAAGCUUAAAAUAGGGAUUAUAGGGGAGAGUGACAAAGGUGAGUUAAGUCGAUAUGUAGUUGAAUGUAUGAUGGGGAAUGUGGUGAGUCAAAAGGACACAAAUCGAAAUUCGUUGAUGUUGCAAGAGCUUCAGAAAUGCACCACCAAUUAUCACACAUUAAAGCCGUUACUCGAGCUUUGCGAAGUCGAGAAGGUGCCAAAUGUUUCUAAGGUGACAACACAACUUGCUAUCGAGUGGGGGUAUUACGACGACGCUUAUUUGACUUUAGUCAGACAACACGGAGAACGGAAUGACGAGUGGUGGGAGACAAUGGCUAAGAUUCGACAUGCCCAAAAUGACACCGAGGGUGCUAUUGAGCUUCUUCAGUCGAAUGAGUUAGAGAGUGUAUUAUUACGAGUGAAAUACAAAACAUUGACAAGAAGCGGAAACCGUGACGAACUCACGAAUUUGAUUGAGCAUAUCUUGGACAAAGCAAAAAGCUUUGAUGAUUAUGAAAAGAUCGGGAGAAUUGCAUUUAGAGCUGCAAAGUAUUUCGAUAGUCAAGCGAACGAUAUUGAAGAGUACUUAAAAAGUGAUGAGGCACUUACAAGAAAGGCGCUGAAAGAGAAGAAGAAGCUUGCUCUGUCUAAAAUUGAAAAGUGUGUUAUAACAGAAGAGAUCCGGUUGAGUGCCUCCGCACUGAAGAAGGACAUUGACUUAUUUGAACUUGAAGAACGAGAGACUGGUGUACCCACUCCAUUUAUAGAAAAGGCGAUAGAGUCGUACAUCAACUCACUUUUAUUUAGCGACAAAUACGACAUGUAUAGUAUGUUGAGAGUAUGCUCUUUGAUGUUGAAAGAGCAGAACAACAAAAAUGUUCAAAAAAUGAUGAAGGAGAUGUUCAUUGGCACCGCCAAUUCACAAGAAUUGAAUGACAUUGUAAAAUCCGAAAAGGUCAUAUUAGUGAUAUACCGAUUGCUCUGUAGAAUGAAUGAAGCCACCAACAACUCCGACGCAAUUUCUAACUUGAUCAUGCAACUGAUAUUUAAAACAGCAGUGGAACAUCCUCAACAGACUUUGUUUCAUGUGGUUAUGGCUACAAAGGCAAAUUACAAAAAGAGAGCAGGUAAGGUGCAAAAAGACACGCCCAUAGUUGCUGCUCAUUUGGCAAAUUUGAUAUCUGGGGAACAAUCAAUAUCUCCAAUAUUCCAACAAGUCAUGGAAAUGUCUGAAAACAUCAUUAACUUGGCACAUAGUAAUAGUGCAAAGGCUGAGGAUAAUCUGUCGUUUGCAUCUAAGACAUAUCCGCUUGUGUGUGUGCCAACAUGUGAGAUACCUUUUGGGCGAGAAAAUGAAGUCCCAACAGUGAGUGGGUUUUCAAAGACUUACAAAGUCCUUGGAGGGGUCAAUGCGCCGAAGAAAGCGGACUUUAUAGGGAGUGAUGGAGAGUGUUACACGUUCAUUGCGAAGUCAAAAGAUGAGAUGAAGCAAGACGCGAUGAUUCAACAGAUAUUCAAAGUGUGCAAUUACGCUUUCCUUCGUAAUAGAAAAACUCGGAACAUGCGACUGAGAACAUAUAAAGUGAUACCACUGAGCAAAGAGUCGGGGUUCCUCGAGUUUGUGAAAACGGCGCAACCACUUUUCUCGAUCUUUGUGGCAAACCACAAGACGAUUUAUCCCAAAGAAACUACAGCGGAAACAAUUCAGAGGGAGUACUGCGAAGUUGAGACUAAAAAAGCCGAUCGGAAUGUUAAGUUAAAGUAUCAAAAGUUUGAUGAGUGCCUUAAGAAGUACUCUCCGAUAUUUAAAAUCCUCUUCGAGAAGUGGUAUGGCCAUGACGCUCGACUACUCUACGAAAUGCGAAGCGCUUAUUUGGAAAGUUUGGCGACAUCUUCAAUGGUCGGGUAUGUAUUAGGAAUAGGUGACAGACACUUGAAUAAUAUCAUGUUUGAUAAAAAGACGGGGGAACUCCUUCACAUCGACUUUGGGUAUAUCUUCGAGUUCGGUAAAAAGUUGCCGUGCCCAGAAAUUGUUCCAUUCAGACUCACAAGAGAGUUACAAGCACCUUUGGGAUAUCUUGGAGUUGGUAGCCGAUUCAGGGCGACAUGUGUAGACGUGAUGAACGUGUUGCGAACGAACACCGACAUGGUGAUGGCAAUUUUAGACGCAGUUAUGUCGUCUCCUCCAAAGAAGUGGAACGACGACACAACAAACAAAAUUUUGAAAACUGUGAGAACCCAUUCGUCGAAGGGCGACGAAGACAAAGAACAAGACAAAAAAUCAUGUGAAGACAUUCUGACGCGGUGCAAGGAGAAGUUAAUGGGGUACGAAGGUGGGCAGGUGUAUUCAGUCGAAGGGCAAGUCAAAGAGGUGAUAGACAAAGCAACAGAUCACAACAGACUCAAGAAAAUGUUUUCUGGAUGGGCUGCUUGGUGGUAA